CUCUCCUCCUGCAGACGAUGCCGGGACCGCUCUUUCUCGAAGUUUCAACCCCGGCCCGCGAGCCCCUCUGACGUCACCGCGUGACCGUUAACGGUUGAAGAAGUCGAUGUCCAGUGACGGUUUUAUAAAGGAAUGAAAGAGUCAGGAGACGAAACUUAAUAAAAUCAGGUUGCGAUUUUUAAAAGCAUUUCGGUUGAAAGAACGAAUGACUUUCUGAACUGACGCAAAUUUCUGAAUCACAUUUUCUGUUUUAUCAUUUGACAAUAAACUUUGAAAAAUGAGUCAAGAAGCUAUUCAACCGCAUGUUAGUGGCUCUAUUCUGUUUGACUCAUUUGGUUUAUCUAUGGAGAAAAGAUUGGGGAAGAUGCGUAGAAGUACUGUCGGAAUGCUGGCCUUGCAGGAGACAAUAAAAGAAAAACAGGCAAGACACAGAGAGGCUAGGGAGCAAAGAAAAUUGAAACUUGAUCAAGCACAUCGAUACCUAAUUGAAGUCAUGACUGAAAGACUACAGUUGCCGAAAAGUGAUGUUGAGGAAUUUAUUUUGGAUUCAUUAUCUCUUCAACCUUAUGAUGAUUUCUUUUCGAAAGGAGGCAGAAAAUCACUUGUGUACAUAUACCAAGAAUCUGACCCACCAGGAAUCGACAGUGGCCGAAUUAUCACUGGAGUUUUUAAAGGGACCAAAAUGAUGAGAUUGUUCCUGGGCAAUUUAUCUGAUGUUCGUUUAAAUGGUCUGUGCUUGUUCUUUGUGCGGUACAAAAGUGACACUCCUAUCACGGCAAGGAAUAUACAUGAGGAAGCAUUCUUUGGUGUCAUGGAUUGCAGUGAUGGAAUACUUUCUGGUGCUGCAACUUUGCUGGAGAAUAUUUUCUUGCCAGCCAUUUCUGCAACUGGAAACUGGGGUGGACUUAAUCAAGACGUAAAUAGGGAAAGAGAGAAGAAAGCUUUUAAAGAUAUUAUCCGCAGAUACAUCACUUUCUUAAAUGCUACAAAAACAAGUCUUGAAAAAGCUGUUGUGCUCAAAAGUGAGACGCUUGAUCUUACUCAACUGCGUUCAUUCGAGCAAGUGAAAGCUGCAACAUCAAAUCCAGAAAUGAUUUUACAACUUGAAAAUUUACUUUUGACGUGGCACAAUCAAUUGGAACAGGUACUGGCACAAAGCAAUCAAGUGAGAAAAGAAGCUGAAAAUUCAGGUCCACUCACUGAAUUGGAAUAUUGGAAAUGCAUGUCUGCUAAGUUCAAUUCCAUCAUCGAACAGCUCAGAGGCCAGCAUUGCAAGGCAGUAAUCAAUGUUUUAAAAGCAAGUCAGUCAAAAAUGUUAAAGAUGUGGCGAAAACUGGAUUCUGAAAUCACCGAUGCAGCUAAUGGAGCAAAGGACAAUGUGAAGUUUCUGCAAGCAUUGGAGAAAGUCUGUGAGCCACUUUACAAUUCUGAUCCAGUGACAAUGACUAAAGGUGUUCCAAAUUUGAUAAAUGCAAUUCAAAUGAUCCACAAUGUGUCAAGAUAUUAUAAUACCUCCCAACAAAUGACUGCACUAUUUAUUAAGGUCACAAACCAAAUGGUUACAGCCUGUAAGGAAUAUAUUACUGAGGAUGGUAAUGCCCGUGUGUGGGACCAGGAUUCUGAAAUUAUUAUUAAAAAAAUGGAGGAAUGUAAAAAGUUGUUAACAGAAUAUCGCAAAUAUUUUCAAAAUACUAAGAAACAAACAACUGAAACAGUGCGAGAUACUCCAUUUGAUGUGUCAGAAAUGUAUAUAUUUGGUAAACUUGAUGUCUUCUGCAAAAGACUAGAAAAGAUCACAGAAAUGGUUGAAACGUCAAAGACAUUUUCUGUGUUGAAGAAUUCUACAAUUGAAGGAAUUGAGAUACUUGCAAUAAAAUAUCAGAAUAUUUACUUAAAUCUUAAAAAGAGCAAUUAUGACAUUUUGGACCCUCGGAAGAAAGAAUUUAAUUCAGAAUAUGCUGUGUUCAUGAAGCAAAUAUUCGACUUAGAGAAUUUGCUUGAUGACUUCAUGAGUAACUGUUUUGCUAAAAUCAUUUCUUCACGGCAUGCUUUACAACUUCUGCAGAGAUUUCAGAAAUUGAAUAUACGAUCUCUUGAGUCAGAAAUUGAAAUUACAGUUGAACGUAUUCUUCAACACUAUUUUGGAGAGUUAAUGGCUAUACAAAAGCAUUACCAGGCCUGUCGAGACAAUCCACCACUUGCGAGAAACAUGCCUCCUAUAGCUGGAAAGAUAUUAUGGGUACGACAGCUCUUCAGACGCAUAUUUGAACCCAUUGACUACUUCUAUAAAAAUUCUGACAUCCUAAGAAGUUCACACGGCAUCUCCAUUGUGCAUACAUACAACAAAAUUGCUUAUGUAUUGGUGAAGUUUGAAGUAUUACAUCACAAGGCAUGGGCAAAAGAAAUUUCAACUCUACAAUACUGCCUGCAUGCAACUCUUUUGAUACGUGAUCCAGAUACUGGAAAACUGCAUUCAAACUUCGAUCACAGAAUCAUUGAGAUUAUGCGUGAGGCUAAAUGUAUGAUAAAAAUGGGUCUGGAUGUGCCGGAAACAGCUAAACGUUUGCUAAAGUGUGAAGAUGCAGUGAAAUCUAAUUACGAUCUUUUGAAGUCCACUCUUCAAUUAUUUGAAAGUGUGUGCCAAGGAAUUCCUUCUGAGUAUGUGACAUUGAUAACACCAAAAAUUAACAAGAUUGAAUCUGUUCUGAGACAGGGAGCUGCCUCACUGAAUUGGUCAUCAAUAACACUUGACAAAUUCUUCUCUGAUGUGAAUUCAGCCAUCGAAGAGUUGACUUCAUUGCUCAAGACAAUUACUGAUUUGCGAGAUGUGCAUAUUGAUGCAGUAUUGGAUGAAAUAGCCAAAAAGGUUAUAAUCAAUUUACCAGAGGAUCAUUCUUUAUCUUUGGACGAAAUGCUUAGAUUCAAUGAGACUUGCUGUGAAGAAUGGGCAGAAGUUUUGACCCCAAAAAGCAAAUUACUUGAAAAGACUGUGGACAAACUGGUGGAAAUAUUUGUAGCAAUCUCUGAAAGCAUGGUAAUUAAUGAAAGUGUAAAGCCUGCUGAAGAACCAGAGCGUAGACGAGUUGGAUUUUCAGGAGAUUCUGAAGAAAAACAUGAAUCUUCAGUGGCCCACAGCCCUGUUAAAAUAGAUAUUCACCAGAUCAAGAAAAGUGAAGAAUUUGAAAAGGAUGUUAAAGAGCUUUAUGCAUAUUUUAGCCAUCAUUUCAUUGAUGCAUUAGUGAAAUCAACAUCACUGUCUUUAGAUACACUGAAAAGAAGAAUCUUCAAAAGAGGAACCUUUGGCUACUCAAGCAGUGUUGAGGAAUUUGCUCCCUUUUUGAAGGCUGAAGUGCUCUUAGCAAUUCCAAAUGUGGUUAUGGUACCAAAUCUGGAUGAUAUUCAGCAUGCAAUUAACCGGACAAUCCAGAUGGUUUUGGAUGUGAGCCGUAAGGUCCUACAUUGGAGGCAAUCAAAAAAUCACCAAGAGAAUGCUGAUGAUGCACAAAACUUAGAAGAAGUAACAGAAAGCAAAAAUAUUAAAACAUUGAAGAACUUUUAUCACAAUGUGGCAGAACACAAAGAUGUGAACAAAUUAGUCGUACUACUGGCUGCUUCUGUCAACUCAUUGAGGGAUACUAUCUCCAGUUCACUAGAAAGUUUUCAAAAAUUUAAAAUGCUUUGGAUAGAAGACAGAGAAACAACAAUUAAGAAAUUCAUGGAUCGGAAUCCCAGUCUGUAUGAAUUCCGAUCAGAAAUAGAGUUCUAUGCUAAUUUCCAACAGGAGAUUGAGGAACUCCCCUCCAGCAUUACAUUAGAUUUUAUUGAACUAAACACAGAACCCAUGAGAAUGGCCCUUUUGGUGGAAGUCAAAAGUUGGAUAAUGUUACUUUGUCGGUACUUGAAUGAACAAUACAAAGCAAAAAUGUCAGCGAUAUCAAUAUUUGUCAGUGAACAAAUUAAAAAUUUGGCACGACCUAUUCAGGAUUUAGAUGAUGUUAGGUUUGCAAUGGAAUCUUUAGCAGAAAUACGAAGAAAUGAGAUACAGAUGGAUAUGACUUUGGGACCAAUUGAGGAAGCAUAUACAAUCCUGAAUAAGUAUCAAGUUGAAAUUUCAAAGGAGGAAGCAGAAGGAUCUGACACUCUUAGGUAUUCUUUCAACAAAAUGCAGGUCAAAGCUAGAAAUGUGCAGGAUGAAUUGGUCCAAGUCCAACCCAAAUUUAAGGCUAAUCUGCUGGAGUCUGUAGAUGUUUUCCAGAAAGAAGUGCUCAAAUAUGGACGACAAUAUGAAAGGGAAGGUCCAAUGGUUGCAGGUAUUCCACCUGCAGAAGCCAGUACCAGAUUACAGAUUUUUCAGAGUUGGUUUGAUGACUUAUGGAGAAAGUUUGUGACAUACUCAUCUGGAGAGCGUUUAUUUGGAUUGCCAGUUCAAGACUAUGAAAUACUGCAGAAAAAUAAGAAGGAGCUGGGAUUGCUUCAGAAAUUGUAUGGUUUAUACGAUGCAGUGAUGACUAAUAUUAAUGGUUACUAUGAUGUGUUGUGGACUGAGCUCGACAUUGAGAAGAUUAAUGCUGAGCUUUUGGACUUUCAGAACAGAUGUCGCAGGUUACCCAAAGGCUUGAAGGAAUGGCAAGCAUUUCUGGAUCUGAAAAAGAAAAUAGAUGACUUUAGUGAAUCAUGUCCACUUCUUGAAAUGAUGUCUAGCAAGUCUAUGAAAAACAGACAUUGGGACCGGAUAUCAGAUGUAACAGGGCAUUCUUUUAAUGUGACAUCAGAAACAUUCUCUCUGAAAAACGUUAUGGAUGCUCCGCUGCUUCAAUUUAAGGAUGAAAUUGAGGAUAUCUGCAUAUCGUCUGUGAAAGAGAAGGAUAUUGAGGCAAAAUUGACUCAGGUGAUGCAGAUUUGGGUCAGUCAGACGCUAAGUUUCUCGAUGUUUAAGGCUCGAGGUGAACUAUUGCUAAAAGGAACAGAGACAGCAGAAAUCAUAACAAUGAUGGAGGACAGUUUAAUGAUUUUGAACUCUUUACUCAGCAACAGGUAUAAUACUUAUUAUAAGAAGGAUAUUCAACUCUGGGUGCAUAAUCUGACAACAUGCACAACUAUAAUAGAACAGUGGCUUUUAGUUCAAAAUCUGUGGAUUUAUCUUGAGGCUGUCUUUGUUGGAGGAGAUAUUGCUAAACAACUGCCACAGGAAGCAAAACGUUUUCAAAAUGUCGAUAAAUCUUGGAUAAAAAUUAUGCAACGAGCUCAUGAAAUUCCAACGGUGGUUCAGUGCUGUGUGGGAGACGACACGAUGGGACAGCUUCUACCCCACUUGCAGGAGCAACUGGAGGUUUGCCAGAAAUCCCUAACUGGAUAUUUGGAAAAGAAAAGGUUGCUAUUUCCCAGAUUCUUCUUUGUAUCAGAUCCAACUUUAUUGGAAAUCCUUGGACAAGCCAGUGAUUCUCACACCAUUCAGGCUCAUUUAGCAGGAAUAUUCGAUAAUGUAAAUAACGUGGCUUUCCAUCCAAAAGAUUAUGAUCGAAUGCUGGCUGUCAUUUCCAGAGAAGGAGAGCAAAUUCAAUUGGAUACACCAGUGAUUGCAAAGGGUCCUGUGGAGCUAUGGUUAGGUGACUUACUGCGUGUGCAGCAAGCAUCGUUGCAUACUGUGAUUAAAUUAGCAUUCUAUAGUUUCAGUGAACCAGAAUUCCAGUUAAUACCUUUCCUCUAUGAGGCUCCUGGCCAGGUAGGAAUUCUUGCAAUCCAGAUAAUAUGGACACGGGAUUCAGAGGAUGCAAUUAAACUUGCAAAAGACAGUAAAAAGAUUAUGCAAACAACUAACCAGAAGUUUCUAGAUCUGCUGAAUGCCCUAAUCAGCCAAACAACAUACGACCUGACUACAUUUCAAAGAAUCCAGUUUGAAACUCUCGUCACCAUCCACGUUCAUCAGAGAGACAUAUUUGAUGACUUGGUAAAAAUGCAUAUCAAAUCAAUUACUGACUUUGAAUGGUUGAAACAAAGCAGAGUUUAUUUUAGAGAUGAAACGCAAGAUAUCAUAGUGGGAAUCACUGAUGUAGAAUUUAUCUAUCAAAAUGAAUUUUUGGGAUGCACUGAUAGACUUGUUAUCACACCUUUGACAGACAGGUGCUAUAUCACUCUAGCUCAGGCUUUGUGGAUGAAUAUGGGAGCAGCUCCUGCAGGACCUGCUGGUACAGGCAAAACGGAGACUGUGAAGGACAUGGGCAAAGCUCUUGGAAAAUAUGUUGUUGUGUUUAAUUGUUCUGAUCAAAUGGAUUUCAGAGGAUUAGGAAGAAUCUUCAAAGGUUUGGCACAGUCUGGUUCCUGGGGCUGCUUUGAUGAAUUUAAUAGAAUUGAGCUGCCUGUUUUAUCAGUAGCAGCUCAACAGAUUUAUAUCGUUCUUGUGGCAAGGAAAGAAAGGAAACGAAAUUUUAUCUUCACCGAUGGAGAUAAUGUAUCACUGAAUCCAGAGUUUGGCAUUUUUAUCACAAUGAAUCCUGGUUAUGCAGGGCGUCAAGAAUUGCCAGAAAAUCUAAAGAUCCAAUUUAGGACAGUAGCAAUGAUGGUGCCAGAUAGACAGAUCAUUAUAAGGGUCAAGCUUGCCAGUGUCGGAUUUUUGGAGAAUGUAUUGCUGGCUCAGAAAUUCUUCGUACUUUACAAGCUCUGUGAAGAACAACUCACUAAGCAGGUUCAUUAUGAUUUUGGCUUGAGAAAUAUUCUUUCUGUCUUGAGGACUUUGGGAGCUCAGAAGAGAGCACGACCGGAAGACAGUGAAUCAACAAUUGUCAUGAGGGUACUGAGAGAUAUGAAUCUGUCUAAACUGGUGGAUGAAGAUGAGCCACUUUUCCUCAGCCUGAUCAGUGAUUUGUUCCCUGGUAUACAAUUGGAUAGUAGCACCUAUGUGGAACUGCAGGCUGCUGUAGCCAAUCAGGUGGAAAUAGCAGGAUUAGUUAAUCACCCACCCUGGAAUCUCAAACUUGUUCAGCUGUAUGAAACAGCCAGGGUCCGUCAUGGGCUGAUGACAUUGGGACCCAGUGGCUCUGGGAAGACAUGUGUAAUUCGUACUCUCAUGCAGUCGCUGACUGAAUGUGGAGCUCCUCAUCGGGAAAUGCGCAUGAAUCCUAAGGCUAUCACUGCUCCACAGAUGUUUGGGCGACUGGAUCCUGCAACAAAUGACUGGACUGAUGGAAUCUUCUCAACACUUUGGAGGAAAUCUAUCAAGUCAAAAAAAGGUGAGAAUAUCUGGAUAAUUCUGGAUGGUCCAGUGGAUGCUAUUUGGAUAGAAAAUUUAAACUCCGUACUUGACGACAACAAAACAUUAACUUUGGCUAAUGGUGACCGUAUUCCUAUGGCUCCUUCCUGCAAACUGCUGUUUGAGGUACACAACAUUGAGAAUGCAUCUCCAGCCACGGUGUCCAGAAUGGGAAUGGUCUACAUUAGCUCAUCUGCUCUUAACUGGAAACCAAUUUUGAAGGCUUGGUUAAAUAAACGUACUCCUUGGGAAGCUGAAAUUCUGCAAGAUGUAUACGACAGAGCCUUUGAAGAUAGUUAUCUCUACAUGAAGUUAAACCUCAAUCCAGUAAUGGAGCUACUGGAGUGUAACUACAUCACGCAGUCAAUUACCCUGCUGGAUGGUUUGAUUCCUUCAAGAGAAGAUGGAGGAAUUUCUGAUGCAUUGCAACUUCAACGACUAUUUGUGUUUGUUCUCAUGUGGAGUAUUGGUGCCUUGUUGGAAUUAGAGAACAGGGCUAAACUUGAGCAAUUCCUCCAACAACACCACAGCAAACUGGACCUACCAGAUGUUCCUUCAGAUAGUGCCCAGUCCAUAUUCGAGUUUCUUGUCGGUCAUCAAGGUGAAUGGGAGCACUGGAAAGUUUGGGUUCAAGAAUAUUUAUAUCCAACUGACAGUGAGCCAGACUAUAAUUCAAUCCUAGUACCAAAUGUCGACAAUGUUAGGACGAACUUCCUUGUGGACACCAUUGCUAAACAAAAUAAAGCAGUACUUCUGACUGGAGAACAGGGAACAGCAAAAACAGUCAUGAUUAAAGGCUAUCUGAAGAAAUAUGAUCCAGAAGAGCAUCUGUCCAAGAGUUUGAAUUUCUCAUCUGCUACAGAACCCUACAUGUUCCAGAGAACUGUUGAAAGUUAUGUAGAAAAACGUGUGGGGAGUACAUAUGGGCCACCAAGUGGACGGAAAAUGACAAUAUUUGUUGAUGAUAUCAACAUGCCUGUUAUCAAUGAAUGGGGAGAUCAGAUCACUAAUGAAAUAGUGCGUCAGAUGAUAGAGAUGCAUGGAAUGUACAAUUUGGAUAAACCAGGAGACUUUACAAAAAUUGUUGAUGUGCAACUAAUGGCUGCAAUGAUCCACCCAGGAGGGGGACGCAAUGAUAUUCCACAACGGUUAAAGAGGCAGUUCACUGUCUUCAACUGUACAUUACCUACUGACGCUUCAAUUGACAAAAUUUUUGGAAUUAUUGGAAAUGGAUAUUUUCAUCCAGCAAGACGAUUUAAUUCUGAAGUCACUGACAUGAUAACAAAACUUGUUGUCACAAGCAGAGUCCUUUGGCAGUGGACAAAGGUGAAAAUGCUACCCACUCCAGCUAAAUUUCAUUACAUCUUCAAUUUGAGGGACCUAUCUCGCAUCUGGCAAGGAAUGUUGAACAUAAUGGCUGAGGAAUGCUCUACCCUGAAGACACUCCUAGCUUUGUUCAAACAUGAAUGUACCAGGGUCAUUGCAGACAGAUUUAUAAAUCAAGAAGACAAAGAUUGGUUUGAAAGUGCAAUUACUCGCGCAGUUGAAAAAGUUAUUGGAAAAAGAGUAGCACAGAUGAUUCAUGAAGAGCCAUACUUCGUUGAUUUCCUCCGGGAUAUGCCAGAGCCAACUGGUGAUGAGCCUGAAGAUUUUGUCUUUGUUCUCCCAAAAAUCUAUGAAAUGAUAUCACGUAUAAUCCGUACAGAUUGUGGAAAUGCUUUGCUGGUAGGAGUUGGAGGUUCUGGAAAACAAAGCUUUACUAAGCUGGCAUCAUAUAUUGCUGGAUAUAAAAUCUUUCAGAUCACUUUAACCAGGGCGUACAACGUUAGCAAUCUAAUGGACGACUUGAAGAUAUUGUACAGAACAGCUGGGGCAGAAGGCAAGGGAAUCACUUUCAUAUUCACUGAUAAUGAAAUCAAGGAAGAGUCCUUUCUUGAAUAUCUCAACAAUGUACUUUCUUCUGGAGAGGUAUCAAAUUUAUUUGCUCGGGAUGAACUUGAUGAGAUCACUCAAUCCCUGAUUGCACCGAUGAAGAAAGAAGCACCUCGCAUUCCUCCUACUUUUGACAAUUUAUAUGAAUAUUUUAUCAACAGAGCUAGAACUAAUCUACAUGUUGUCCUCUGCUUCUCUCCGGUUGGUGAAAAGUUUCGAUCACGUGCACUGAAGUUCCCCGGUCUGAUCUCUGGUUGCACAAUGGAUUGGUUCAGUCGCUGGCCCAGAGAGGCAUUGGUGGCUGUCUCAAACUAUUUCCUUUCUGGUUUUUACAUCGCCUGCUCAGCCGAGGUCAAAGCCCAAUUGGUAGCAACAAUGGGUUUGUUUCAUGACAGGGUUUAUCAAACAUGUGAGGACUAUUUUCAGAGAUAUCGACGAAGAACACAUAUAACUCCCAAAUCUUACCUUGCCUUUAUCAACAGCUACAAAUCUGUUUACACAGAGAAACAUGCAAACAUCAAUGAACUAGCAGAACACAUGCAACUGGGUCUCUCCAAGCUUCUAGAAGCAACAGAAUCCGUCGCUGUUCUCGCAAAAGAAUUAGCACAGAAAGAAAAGGAGUUGGCAGUGGCUUCACGUAAUGCUGAUAAGGUUCUAGGAGAGGUCACAGUGAGUGCUCAAGCAGCAGAACUGGUCAAGAAUGAAGUCAUGAUAGUGAAAGAUAAGGCCCAGAAAAUUGUGGAUGAAAUCGAAGUGGACAAAAAUAUAGCAGAGGGCAAACUAAUUGCUGCAAAGCCAGCUCUUGAAGCUGCAGAGGCUGCUCUCAAUACAAUAAAACCUGCUGACAUUUCCACUGUGAGGAAGUUAGCCAAACCACCUCACCUGAUUAUGAGAAUUCUCGACUGUGUGCUCGUUCUCUUCCAAAAAAAAAUGGAUGCAGUCACCAUGGACCCUGAAAGACCCUGUCUCAAACCAUCCUGGGGCGAGUCUUUGAAGUUGUUGAGUGGCACUGGCUUUCUCCAGGCCCUGCAGCAGUUUCCAAAGGACACCAUCAAUGAUGAAACAGUAGAACUUCUCCAGCCAUAUUUCAUGAUGGAAGAUUAUACAUUUGAACAUGCUAAAAAGGUCUGUGGGAAUGUCGCUGGUUUGUUAUCCUGGACUCAAGCUAUGGCUUCUUUCUUUGCUAUCAACAAAGAGGUUCUGCCGCUCAAGGCUAAUUUGGCAGUGCAAGAAAACCGCCUCCAACGGGCUAUGAAGGAGUUAGGAACUGCCCAGGCACAGCUGGAUGAGAAGCAAGCUGAACUUGACAAGGUACAGGCCAAGUUUGAUGCUGCCAUGAAGGAGAAAAUGGACUUGUUGGAAGAUGCAGAAACAUGUAGAAGAAAGAUGGAAGCAGCAUCAGCACUCAUUGAUGGUCUGAGUGGUGAAAGAAUCAGAUGGACAGAGCAAUGCAAGGAGUUUAAAGCACAAAUCAACAGGUUGGUGGGAGAUGUGCUGUUGGCUACCGGAUUUCUCUCAUACAGUGGUCCCUUCAAUCAAACCUUCAGAGACAUACUGUUUAAAGUAAUUUGGGAAGCAGAGUUGCAGAAAAAGAGAAUACCCUACACAGAUAGUAUGAACCUCAUAAACUUUCUGGUGGAUCAGCCUACGAUCAGUGAGUGGAACCUGCAAGGAUUACCAAGUGAUGACCUGUCAGUUCAGAAUGGCAUCAUUGUUACCAAAGCAACCAGGUAUCCACUUCUCAUUGACCCUCAAACACAGGGUAAAACCUGGAUCAAGAUGAAGGAGAAAGAUAAUGAACUGCAGGUAACAUCACUUAACCACAAGUAUUUCCGGAAUCACCUGGAGGAUGCUCUUUCACUUGGACGUCCUCUGCUAUUGGAAGAUGUGCAGGAAGAAUUGGAUCCUGCACUGGACAAUGUGCUGGAGAAAAAUUUCAUCAAAUCUGGGACCUCCUUUAAGGUGAAAGUGGGUGAUAAAGAAACUGAUGUCAUGGCUGGUUUCAUGUUCUACAUUACUACAAAACUUCCAAACCCAGCCUACACUCCAGAAAUUAGUGCCAAGACAUCCAUCAUUGACUUCACCGUAACCAUUAAAGGUCUUGAGAACCAGUUGCUUGGACGUGUGAUCCUUACUGAGAAACAGGAAUUGGAAGCAGAGCGUGUGCAGCUGAUCGAGGAAGUCACUGCCAACAAACGCAAAAUGAAGGAGUUGGAGAAUAACCUGUUAUUCAAACUCAGCACCACCAAAGGUUCACUGGUGGAUGAUGAGUCUUUGAUUGGAGUUCUUCAGGUAACGAAGACAACAGCAACUGAAGUAAGUGAGAAGCUGCACGUGGCAGCAGAGACGGAGGUAAAGAUUAACACAGCACAGGAAGAGUACCGACCAGCAGCUACUCGUGGGAGUAUUCUCUACUUCCUUAUCACUGAAAUGAGCAUGGUUAAUAUGAUGUACCAGACCUCCCUUGCACAAUUUCUGAAAUUAUUUGACCUCUCCAUGGCAAGAUCUAAGAAGUCACCUGUUGCUUCAAAGAGGAUCAGCAAUAUUAUUGACUACCUGACCUAUGAAGUCUUUAAGUAUUCAGUGCGUGGUCUUUAUGAAACUCACAAGUUCCUUUUCACUUUAUUGCUGCCUCUGAAAAUUAACCUUGAGCGAGGUUACAUCAAGCACAAUGAAUUCCAGACCCUUAUAAAAGGUGGUGCAGCCCUUGACCUGAAAGCCAGUCCACAGAAACCUUUCCGCUGGAUCCUUGAUAUGACUUGGUUGAAUUUGGUGGAGCUGAGCAAACUCUCUCAGUUUGCAGAGAUAUUGACUCAGGUUUCUAAGAAUGAGAAGGCUUGGAAAGUCUGGUUUGAUGCUGAUGCUCCAGAAGAAACACAAAUCCCUCAUGGAUAUAGUGACUCUUUAGAUGCAUUCUGCAAGCUAUUGCUCAUCAGGUCUUGGUGUCCUGACAGAAUUCUGUCUCAAGCACGAAACUACAUUUCUGAGGCAAUGGAAGCAAAAUACGCAGAGCCAGUGAUUCUAAACCUGGAGACAACCUGGGAAGAAAGUGAUACACAAACUCCUCUGAUCUGUUUCCUGUCCAUGGGAUCUGAUCCCAGCAAUCAGAUUGAAGGGCUGGCCAAAAAGCUUGAAAUUGAUUGUCGGGCAAUAUCGAUGGGCCAAGGACAAGAGGUUCACGCCAGAAAGUUGGUGGCAUUAUCUAUGCAACAGGGUGGCUGGGUCUUACUGCAGAACUGUCAUUUAGGAUUGGAAUUUAUGAAUGAGCUUUUAGAGACUUUACUCACAAGUGAAAAUGUGCAUGAGUUUUUCCGAGUGUGGAUAACCACUGAACCACAUCCAAAGUUUCCAAUCACACUACUCCAGACAUCCAUAAAGUACACUAAUGAGCCCCCUCAGGGAGUGCGGGCAGGACUGAAAAGGACAUUCACUGGAAUUACUCAAGAUCAAAUCGAAUAUUCAAAUCUACCCAUGUGGAAACCACUAUUGUACGCAGUUGCUUUCCUACACACCACAGUCCAGGAACGGCGCAAGUUUGGUCCUCUGGGAUGGUGUAUUCCAUAUGAGUUCAACUCUUCAGAUUUCACAGCCAGUAUCCAGUUCAUCCAGAACCAUCUUGAUGAUUGUGAUAAAAAGAAGGGAGUGUCAUGGAAUACUAUACGUUACAUGCUCGGAGAGGUUCAGUAUGGAGGCCGAGUUACAGACGACUAUGACAAACGCCUCCUCAACUGCUUUUGCAAGGUGUGGUUCAGUGAGAAGACAUUUGAUCCCAAGUUCAACUUCUACACUAAUUAUAUCAUCCCAAUCUGUGCCAGUGUGGAAUCCUAUUUAGAGUAUAUUCAGACAUUACCCGCUGUUGACACCCCUCAGGUGUUUGGCCUACACCCAAAUGCUGACAUCACGUACCAGAGUAAUACUGCAGCUGAAAUUCUCAACACAAUCACCAAUAUUCAGCCGAAAGAAACUUCUGGAGGAGGAGGAGAGACUCGAGAAGCCACUGUCUUUAAGUUGGCUGACAGUAUGCUGCGAAAGCUGCCCCCUGAUUACUUGGCACAUGAGGUGAAAGCUCGCCUCAUAAAAAUGGGAAUUUUGAAUUCCAUGAACAUUUUUCUGCGGCAAGAAAUUGAUCGAAUGCAGAAAGUUAUUUCAAUGCUCCGGAACUGUCUGCAUGACUUACAGCUGGCCAUAGAGGGGACCAUCAUCAUGAGCGAGAAUUUAACAGAUGCCUUGGAUAACAUGUACAAUGCUCGUGUCCCUGAGGUGUGGAAAAGGAUUUCCUGGGAUUCCACUACUUUGGGAUUUUGGUUCACAGAAUUCCUAGAGCGAAAUGCACAGUUUUCCUCUUGGAUAUUUGAGGGCAGGCCCACUGUGUUUUGGAUGACAGGGUUCUUUAAUCCCCAGGGAUUCUUAACUGCAAUGAGACAGGAAGUCACACGUGCACAUAAAGGCUGGGCACUGGACAGUGUCACUCUACAUAAUGAAGUAACAAAACUGAUGAAAGAUGAGAUCAAAAUACCACCCCCGGAGGGAGUGUAUAUCUAUGGCCUUUACCUGGACGGAGCAGGUUGGGACCGGAGAAAUAUUCGACUGACUGAAUCAACUGCCAAGGUUCUCUUUACAAUAGUACCCGUCAUUUAUAUAUUUGCCAUCAAUUCCACCGCACCCAAGGAUCCAAAACUAUAUAUCUGUCCAGUUUACAAGAAACCACAACGUACAGACUUGAAGUUUAUUACUGCCCUCUGUCUGAGAACAGUUCAGCCACCUGACCACUGGAUCCUGCGAGGGGUAGCUCUGCUCUGUGAUAUCAAGUAAAACAGCAGAUACAUAGAGAGAGUAUGUUUUAGCUCCUGAAUUCUUACAAAGUGCCUUAUAAAAUAUAAUAAGGCAAUAUUAAAGUGAAAUG